AUGUUUUUGUUGUGUGAAUCCCGGUGCAGAACUCCGGCCAAUAAUUUGCGAGUAAGACUCGGCGACUAUAACCUGAGAGCGCAUACGGAACAGUUAGCACACGAAGAAUACGGGGUUCGCCGGAAAGUAGUCAACGAGGCAUACAAUCCGGCCACUUAUCAAAACGACAUCGCCUUACUAGAGCUCAACCAAGAAAUCACUUUUAGGGAACAUAUUAUUCCCAUUUGUUUGCCACAAAAAGGUCAGAACUUUACGGGUGAAAAGGCGACGGCCACGGGUUGGGGGCGAACCCAAUACGGUAUCUCAACGUCGCCGGGAGUCCUCCAAAAAGUCGACGUCGAAGUGAUUGAUUCAGACGAGUGUCAGAAAUGGAUGAAAAGUGUGGGCCGAAGGGAAAACAUAUUCCCAAAUAUGAUGUGCGCCGGAUAUAAAGACGGGGGGAGGGACUCGUGUCAGGGGGACUCCGGCUCCCCCUUAAGUCUGAAAGAAGAGGGCAAAACAACUCUCAUUGGACUCGUGUCUUGGGGGGUUGGCUGUGCGCGCCCUAACCUUCCUGGUGUUUAUACCCGUAUAUCAGAGUUUGUCGAUUGGAUCCAAAUUCACACCUCGUAA